AUGACAAGUCCUUCCGAAAACAGUACUAAUAAUUCACUGAAAAACAAAGUUCCCGGUUCUAUCUAUCAAUACGAUCGAUUUCUGGAAUAUGAGUCAAAAACGGCAAGUGUAGCUGAUGCAGCAACAUCAAAUACUACGUCUCAAGAUUCGAUUCAUUCGCAACAACUAAUUUCUCGUAUGAACAAACUACGCAAAGCUGAACAACUCUGUGAUGUCACUUUGAAAGUUGAGCAAACACUCUUUCCUGCCCAUCGUCUUGUUCUAGCCGCUGUUAGUGAUUAUUUUGCAGCCAUGUUCACAGGCGAAAUGGUUGAACGCAAUAUGAAUGUUAUUGAAUUGAAAGGAUUUAGUGCUCCUGUCAUGGAAAUUCUUCUUGAUUCGAUCUAUGGAGAAUCAGCAACAGUAACACGUGAUAAUGUUCAAGACAUUCUUCCAGCUGCUUCACUGCUUCAAUUGAAUGGAACUGAUAUUCAACGUCAAUGUGCUCUGUUUCUUGCUAGUCAACUCGAACCAGCAAAUUGCCUAGGCAUAUAUUGUUUUGCUGAUUUACAUAACUGUGCGCAAUUGAAACAAGCAGCACUGUCAUUUAUCUGGACGCAUUUCGCAGCAGUUGUUCAUAGUGAUGAAUUUUUAACGUUGAAAGCAAACGAAGUGGAAGAUUUGAUUCAAUCAGAUGAAAUUGAAGUUCCGAAUGAAGAAAUUAUCUACAAUUGUGUCAUGUCAUGGAUAAAACACGAUCAAACAUUUCGUCAACAAUAUUUACUGACACUUUUACAACAUGUUCGGUUAUCAUUUCUUGGUGUUCGAUUUCUAACCGAUGUUUGUGAUAAUGAAGUUUUGAUUCGAACAUCGCAUAAAUGUCGUGACCUACUAGAUGAAGCGAAACGAUACCAUUUAAGACCAGACUGUCGAAAGAUAAUGACGGGGACACGAUUCACUAGUCGACGCGGAAAAGACGAACAUCUCAUCGUUGCAGGAGGUUUUGGUGCCCAUCAAAGACCAGUGGAUAUUGUUGAACGAUGGAACCCACGAACCAACGAAUGGGCCGCUCUUCAGCCAUUAACAAAAAGACGUCGGUAUGCAGCUGCAGCAGCAAUUGGUAAACGUCUCUAUGUCGUUGGAGGAUAUGAUGGACGACAGCGUAUGAAUUCAGUGGAAUGUUUGGAUCUAUCACAAGAAAAUGCAACUUGGCAACCAGUUGCUUCUUUAACUUAUCGACGAGCACUACCUGGUGUUUGUGUGCAUCAAAAUUUAAUUUAUGUUUGUGGUGGAUUUGAUGGAUCAUCUCGAUUAGCAUCGACUGAGUGUUAUGAUGAGAAGACAGAUGUCUGGACAAUAGGUGAAGACAUGCACGUGGGAAGAGAAGGUGCUGGUCUCGUUGCAAUUGGUGAUCAUCUCUAUUGUAUUGGCGGAUAUGAUGGUCUGAGUUUACUGCAAACAGUUGAAAAAUAUGAUAUUAAUCUUGGCCGAUGGUCACAGAUGGCACCCAUGUUAACUCCGCGCUCAGGUGCUGGUUGUGCAACAAUCGAUCAUUAUAUAUUCGCUUGUGGUGGUUUCGAUGGAGCAGUACAUUUAUCAAGUGUAGAACGAUACGAUAGUCAAACAAAUCAAUGGAGUAAUGUAACCAGCAUGUCCGUUCGUCGAUGUUACUGCGGUUCGGCGUUUAUACGUGGUCGAAUUGCAGUUAUUGGUGGUUAUGAUGGAACAUCCUUACUCGAUACAGUCGAAGUUUAUGAUAGUGAAAGAGAUGAAUGGACCAUUGAAAGUCAAAUGUUAACACCAAGAUGUGACUCAGGUUUUGCUUGUGUUGCCUAUCGACAAUGA